CGAUCGUCCCUGGUUGCUAGACGUUUCCCGACUGGACUAAUGGCUGACAAAACUCAAGCAAGCCUUCUUCUUUCGAAACAACUCAGAGAUCUUUCCAAAAAUCCAGUUCAUGGGUUUUCUGCUGGGUUAGUUGAUGAUACGAAUAUGUUUGAAUGGAGUCUCACGAUUAUUGGACCUUCCGGUACUUGUUAUGAUGGAGGAUUGUUUAAAGCUAUCAUGACGUUUCCUGCUAAUUAUCCCAACAGCCCUCCAACUGUAAAGUUUGUGUCAGAUAUGUGGCAUCCCAAUGUUUACUCCGAUGGAAAAGUCUGCAUAUCCAUUCUACAUGAUCCUGGUGAAGACCCGAAUGGUUAUGAGCUUUCAAGUGAACGAUGGAUGCCUAUUCAUACGGUGGAAAGCAUAGUUUUGAGUAUUAUAUCAUUGCUUUCGAGUCCGAAUGAUGGUUCUCCUGCAAAUGUCGACGCCGCCAUAGAAUGGAGGUCUAAGAGAGGUGAUUUUGUGAAGAGAGUUAAACGCAUUGUGAGACAAUCACAAGAAGGAUUUAGUGGCUUAAUACAACCAUGGAUACUAAUGAUCAUCUGGUUAAGGAAUUUAAAUUACUCGAUCCACCUGUAUUUGGGGUCUUCAGAUAUAGCUGUUGCGGAAGAAUGGUUUCGAGUGAUUGAGAAGAAACUAGGUUUAAUGAAAGUUACGAUGAGGAACGAGUCAUUCUCGCUACAUCUAUGCUUGAAGGAGUGGCAAGUCAUUGAUCGAAACUUGAAAAAGAUCAAACUCAUGCAACCUGCUCACAUGGAAAAUAGUGUAGAGAUGGAAAAUUUGGAGUCUAUGGAGAUUGGUGAUAAUAAGCAGAUAGAAGAAGAAGAAAAAGGGAAAAAACAACUAAAUCGAAUUCAAAAGGCACAAAAUAAAAUAAUUAGACAGCGGAUGUGGAGGAAGAAGAGACGACAACAGUUAGAUGUUACUACUGCGAUGGAAGAAACACAACAGCAAGUACAGGAGGUUUCAAUCGUGGAGGCUACUUCAGAGACGAAAGAAAUACAAGUUACACAGCCCGAGGUUGCACCCGUCGACGUAAAAAAACAGAAGCAGUUGCAACAGAAAUGGGAGCCGAUGCAACAAUAUAUGCAUCAAGUUCUUUCACCACAGGAUCAGCAACAACCAACACAACAGAAGCUGCUUGCACAUUGGGAGUUUAACGUAGAGGAAAUAAAUCAACAUCAACAACUAAAACAGUGGCAACUACAACCAGAGCAACAGGAACCAAAACAAGUAAAACAACAUCAGAACCCGGAAAAGGAAGGAAAUAGAAAAAAUAAAAGAAAAAGAAAGAGGAAAAGAAAACAGUAUCGACCAGAGGUUGCGAUUGUGGCGGUGAAUGUAGAGGAGUUUUGGGAAAACGAGAGGAACAGAGAAAAGGAAAAACCGAGCCCAAUCAGGUAUGACAUGUGGUGA